CACAGUUCUGCUUGGUGCAGGAUUUUGAUCUAAAAUGGUAAUUUAAGAAACUACCUCUAGUUUUUGCUGUUUUAACAAUAGCGUGAGGACGUGACUUCCCUUCCUUAUUCUCCAGUAAUAAAAACAUUUCUAAGAAUGGAAAAAUAUGAAGAGACAUACUUUUGUCUUGACACCUUGUCAAAUUUGUCUUAUUGUACAUGUAAUUAAUCGCUGUUUUAAAAAAAAAAUCGAGUAGGAUUACUAAAAAAAUCUAUGUAAAUGAAGACUUUCCGUUACCCGAUACUUGUUGAUUUUAAGAUUCAGUAGUUUUUUAUUAAUUACAUGUAUAAAAGGGAUGCAAAAUUUUAUAAUGCUUACAUGCCACAAGAACGCCUGUUGUCAAUUAUUUAAAACAAUUCAGCUCCAUUUAACCGUGGCGUUUACUUUUUUUUGUAUUGCAGAACAUUCACUGGAAUCAUCAAAGAAUAAGGUUUUAAGAAAUGCUGUACAUGUUGAAGAAGCGGAAGUGGAGAAGUGUGUCAGAGAUGUAAUGAAAGAAAAGAAGAUUGAACAGAAGGAUACAGGGUUUAAGACAAAUCUGCAUAUAUCCUUACUGCAGAUAUCAGGUUAUAAAAAACUUUAUUUGAAUGUGGAAAAUCUGAGGAAGGUCCCAUAUGAUUCGGAUAACGAAGAACAUGAGGAACAGUUAAUUGAGCUUUGGAAUUUGCUGAUGCCUCAUGAGAAUCUGAAGGCCAGGAUCACCAAGCAGUGGUGCGACAUUGGCUUCCAAGGUGAUGAUCCCAAAACAGACUUCAGAGGAAUGGGCCUGCUGGGGUUAGUGAAUCUGGUGUAUUUUAGUAAGCAUUACACCGACGAAGCUCGUCAGAUCCUUUCUCAUUCAAAUCACCCAAAGCUGGGAUAUUCUUAUGCAAUAGUUGGAAUCAAUCUGACAGAAAUGGCGUACAGCUUGCUUAAGAACGGUGCUUUAAAGCCUCAUCUGUACAACACGGUCUCUGGAUUGCCGCAGAUGGAGCACUUCCAUCAGUUUUACUGUUAUCUCGUUUAUGAGUUUGACAGGUUCUGGUUUGAAGAAGAACCAGAAAGCAUUAUGCACUUCAACCAGUACAGAGAGAAAUUCCAUGAAAAAAUUAAGGGACUUCUACUGGAUUGUGAUGUGGUACUAACCUUACAAAAUACAAGGAAACCUUAACUUCUCUGCAGUCUAUGAGGUUCUGCAUCAACAAUGGAAUUAUGCAUUUGGAUGGAAGUUUUGCAUGUUUCACCAAAAACUGUUCAACAAUAGAACUUUUUUGUUUUUUACAUUUAAAAAAAAUAAUCAAAAUUCAGUUAAGAAAGCUUGGACAAUCAACCUCUGUUUACAGGUCUUUAUAUGCUAUUCUCCAAAGGACAGCUUUAAAAAAAAAACAAAACAAAAACCAACCAACAUAAAGCCAAACCACAAAACUCCAGAGCCUCUGAAUCGCUUGCUUUCACAAUUUCUUUUAUAUUCCUUGGUGCAGGAACACGAAGCAGGUAUUUAUGCCGCAUCAUAUUUUUCAUGAAUAGGUUUGGCGGUUAAUUGUCUUUUAAAAACUUCUUUUAGUUGAAAUUACUCUGUUUUUAGACUUUUUGCAUUCUUGUUCUGUACAUGUAGUUGAUCGUUCACUCAUCAAUGUUAAAUUUCUCUGUAAUGAAGAGGUCCACGAAGGGGCUGUGUUAGUCACUUAUGAUUUUGGAGAAGAGGCUUAAUCCAUCAACAUACUGACAAACUUAGUAGAAAUUACUUCUGGCUAAGGAAGUUUUUUUUUCUUUUAUCUAUAGAUUUGUACCAGCAAAUUCCUAUGCUUGGAAAAAGCUUCAUUUGCAAACAAACAAAAAGAACCACAAAUCAUCAGUGUGAGGAUCAGAUCCUUAGACUAAAGCUACUCCUUCUAAAAAAUACUGCUACUGUAAACAUUUUCAAUUCUUUCUAAUCCGACUUCAGCUGCGCAGGCUGCUUGACUCUGUAUCUGCUGUCAGCCCUUUCUUUUAGCAGCUAGUGGGGUAUUCUCAGUGGGAAGUACAAGAGAGUUAGUUUAGCCCUUUUAUAAAGUUCACUCCUUAAAAACCUUUAUUGCAGCUGCAGUCCCUAUUUUGUGAAAAUGAGUUCACACCUGAGUACAGGUCUCUAACAAAGAUGCAUUUUCCAUGGAAGGGAUGCAACUGCGACACGUUCCUUAAUCUUGGCAUCCUCAGACAAUCUAGUCAAUAGGACUUUGUGUCCAUAUUGUGACUAAUUAUUGCUUAAAGCAACUUUAAAACAGAUUUGGUAUGACCAUCACUUCAUUUUCUAAAACCUACUAUUAAAUAAGUGCCUUCUGCUUUAUUCAAUCAGUAUUUUAUUUUGAUUCUGUAAUCAGAUCAUAGCCUUAGAAGCUUGAGUUACUUGGGAAAGACUCAUGAUAUACCUAAAUAGCACACAGUGGCACAAAAUUUGUAUGCUAGUAGAAGCUUUCAUGCCUUUUUUUUUUUUUAAUUAUCUCAGGUAACUUAAUUAACUUCUAAUCAGUGACUAAUCAUGAAGAGAUUCCUGAAGAAUACAAAUACUGAACAACAACCCCCCCCCCCCCCCCC